AUGGCCGCAGCCGCAGGACCCUCCAGCUCCAGCUCUGUGAAGGAGACGCUCCCGCCGGCCCUCGGCUCCACCUCCCAGCCACCUCCCGUUUUCGAUGGCACCACCAGGCUCUACAUUUGCUACUUCUGCCCGUUCGCUCAGCGUGCCUGGGUUACCAGGAACUUCAAGGGUUUGCAGGACAAGAUGGAGCUGGUGGCCAUUGAUCUGCAGGACAAACCAGCUUGGUACAAGGAGAAGGUUUACCCACAGGGCACGGUAUGCUGGGUCUACAGUUGUGCCUUCCUGGAGCACGACAACGAGGUCUGGGGCGAGAGCCUGGACCUGAUCAAGUACAUCGACAGCAACUUCGACGGCCCUGCGCUGCUCCCAGAGGAUUCUGCAAAGAGGCAGUUUGCUGACGAGCUGAUCGCAUAUGCCAAUGCGUUCACCAAGGCCCUCUACUCGCCGUUGAUGGCCCACGCAGCCGUGUCAGAUGAAGUUGUUGCUGCUCUGGAUAAACUCGAAGCUGAGAUGACAAAGUUCAACGACGGCCCGUUCUUCCUAGGCCAAUUUAGCUUGGCGGAUAUAGCGUAUGUUACAAUUUUGGAAAGGGUUCAGAUAUACUAUUCUCAUCUUAGGAACUAUGACAUCACCAAAGGCAGGCCGAACCUUGAGAAAUUCAUUGAGGAGAUGAACAAGAUCGAAGACUAUACGCAGACUAAAAACGAUCCUCUGUUUUUGCUUGAUCUUGCCCAGAAUCAUCUUAAGAUUGCCUGA